GUCCGAUAUACAGUAAGUGAAGAUGGCGACCGGAGUCCUUCAGCGCUGUUUCAGCGGCCUUAGAUCGGCGAAACACAAGGCAGGACAGGUCCCACUUAUCAGGGGAUUGUCAGCAUCCAGUCAAAGAAAUCGAGAAGAGAGCUGGGUUAAAUCUCUAUUUGUGCAUAAAGUGGACGCAAGAAAAGACGCUCACUCUCACCUCCUGGCUAAGAAAGAAGAAAAUAACCUUUAUAAAAUUCAGUUUCACAGUGUGAAGCCGGAAUGUCUGGAUGAUUAUAACAAACUCUGUGAAAAUGUGUUGGCUUCAAUCCAUGAGGAUAAAUACUAUCCCUGUGAGCUGGUGGGAACAUGGAACACCUGGUAUGGAGAGCAAGACCAGGCUGUUCAUCUGUGGAGGUACCGCGGAGGCUACCCUGCCCUGACCGAGGUCAUGAAUAAACUGAAAAACAAUAAGGAAUUUUUGGAGUACAGAAAGGAACGGGGGAAGAUGCUGCUCUCUCGCCGCAAUCAGCUUUUGCUGGAGUUUAGUUUCUGGAAUGAGCCAGUUCCACGCGAGGGACCAAAUAUCUAUGAACUUCGAUCAUACCAAUUAAGACCAGGAACCAUGAUUGAAUGGGGGAAUUACUGGGCUCGAGCAAUUCGCUAUCGGCAGCAAAACCGUGAAGCUGUUGGAGGAUUUUUCUCUCAGAUAGGAAGUCUUUACAUGGUCCAUCAUCUCUGGGCAUAUAAGGACCUGCAGUCCAGAGAGGACACUCGCAACGCAGUGUGGCAACAUGAGGGCUGGAAUGAAGUGGUCUACUACACAGUGCCGCUGAUUCAACAUAUGGAGUCCAGGGUUAUGAUUCCAAUGAAGGCGUCGCCCCUGAAGUAAUACUUUCUUCACAAGCGAAAAACAACAUUCACAUGGGAACCAGUGCUGUAUAUAUCGCACAGCAAUUCAUUUUCAUCCAUUCAAUGUUCUCUAUGGCCAUUAACAUAUCAUCUGUAUCAACUGAAAAAAUUGAGAAUGCAUUGAAAGAAAUAUGUCCUGAUAUAAGCUUAUGCUCCUUUAAGGGCGAAACUGAUUCAUCAUGUUAGUAAACCUUAUCCUUCUGAUAUACAAUGAAUAUUUACACACACAAAAUGUUAGCAUUGUGGCCCAACUCGGUAAAAAAAAAACAAAAAAAAAAACGCACAAACAGUAUGUCAAAUAUUACAGGGUCUUUAAAUGAUAUUUAUUAUUUAAUGUUGGUUUAAACAAUUCACAGUGGUGCUUUAUUUAUAUUGCAUUUGAUUAUCUCUGUAAAAAAAAAAAAAAAAAGCCUGUCCGUUUUUUUUGUCACUGCGAAAUGUAAGUUAACUGAAAAAUGUCAAAUCUAUACUUUGCACAGUAUUGUUUAAGGCACUUUAAAUGUGAUUGAUGGUUACAGCUGUUUCUUGUCCAAUUAUUUUACAUCAUAAAGAUAUAUAUAUAUAUAUAUUAGGUUGAUGGGAGAUGUGUAAACAGAAAACUCAAUCUCUGUAUCUAACCUGUAUUGUUUUGGGGCGAUAACAUUUACAUUUACAUUUAGGCAUUUGGCAGACGCUCUUAUCCAGAGCAACUUAGCAGUUGAGGGUUAAGGGCCUUGCUCAAGGGCCCAACAGUGGCAACUUUGUGGUUGUGGGGUUUGAACCUGGGAUCUCCCAAACCGUAGUCCAAUGCCUUAACCACUAAGCUACCCCUGGCCCGAUGCACCCAACCUUAGAAAGCAUCCCUGUACUGUAUGACAUGUAGAAAACCUGCAUGUCCAGUUUUAACAGGCAUUAUUGUUUUUAUUUUAAAAAAUAUAUCCUUGUUAUAAGAAUAAUGUUUUUUGUUGUAUUCAGGCUAUUGUGCACUGGAUAUUGAGCUUUAAUUUUCAAAUAUGUACCCUCUGUGUAUUUGUUUCCUUGCUUUUUUCAAUCGCAGUUUAAUAAAUUACAAUGUCCCUGA